GAGAUAGAGCGAGCCACCAACAGCUUUUAGAAAUGUCCAGUUUAAGUGUAGCCAGUUUCUGUCACUGUGGAUUCCUCACAUACCUUGUGCUGUUCUCUUUUUACGUUUCGAUAGCGUCCUCGGUGAGCCUGGACUUGACUGAACUAAGAAACAAAGUUGCAAAGAUCAAAGUGAACCCGAGAGGAAAUUUAUGGGCAACAGGUCAUUUUAUGGGGAAGAAAAGUGUUGUGGACAGCGAACACUUGCCGACCGAGGAUGACUCCACGAUGAAAGCCAUCGAGGCUGCCCUGAAUCCCCAGCAGGUCGAGCCCGCGGACCUCUACCAGGAGAUGCUGAGGAUCGCGCUUCAAACACACCUCGACUCUCAGGAGAUCCGCCCUAAAGUUCCGGGGACUGCAAUAUUAAUGAAGAUAUUAGACAGCUACAUCCAAGACAAUAAAAAAUGAUGACUGCCAUCGGCUGAGAUCUUCGAAGUGUUUAAUUCACAUGAAAUUUGUAAUUGCUUUUUCAUCAACUGUAAUUUGUUUCUUAACUAAAACUUUUAACC